GCUGCAGUACAUACAGAGCUUGUUGCUGUACAGUUGAGACAGAAGAAGUUGUCACCUCACAUUCUUGUUCAUCACCACAAUGUCCACGAUGAUAGAGACAGCUGCAGGGUUUGGAGUGGCCGAGAUGCCGGUGCGUGCUGAUGAUGUGAUGAAGCUGCUCAGCCACGUUGCCCAGGUGAAGGGCAUGAAAGCUGCUGUGGCACACUCUGGCCGGGGAGCACUGCUGACAGGUGCAUCAGCCUUUGUCGGGGGGAUACUGGGAGGCCCACCUGGAAUCGCUGUAGGAGGAGCAGUGGGUGGAUUGAUUGGAUGGAUAACUUCUGGACAGUUCAAGUCAGUCCCUCAGAUUUUAGUGGAAUUGCCUGCUGCUGAGAAGCAGAAACUCUGUGCUGAAGCCAUGGUUGUUGUCAAGAACAUACACUGGACUGAUGCUGCUCAGCUGAUUGCUCUUGUAAUGUCAAAUUCUUCUCUCACGGACAAGCUGUUAGGAGUGCUGACCACUUACCUUACCAAUGAGCUAAAAGCACAAAUAAAAUAUGGAGAAUAAUCCUUUACACAGCAGGCUUUUUAUGCUGGAAUGAAUUUUACUCCCAUAGCUGUGAAUCUUUAGCACAACAAUUACUAGCUAUCAAUACUAAUUAUAGAUAUAUGCUGAUCUUAAUAAUUUUGGGGUAUUCCGUUUUGGCAUUUUUAAAUUUUUAUUAUCUUUUUUGAUUUGUGUGGAUUUGUAAAGAUAGUAUUAAAUCACUGCAUUAUCCUAACACUGACUUGCUAUGUAAUUUUGGAUUGCCUGCCCUAGGACUAAUUCAAAUUGCUGAAGGGAGUCAUGAUGCUCUUAGGCUGAUGUGUCACUUGUGAAAAUUUUCAAAGUUUUGUUUAGGAGACUUGACUCUGUUUGUUUAAGUGCUUUAAUUUUUUCCCCUGUGAUUGACAUGUAAGGUGCCAAAGUAGCUGGGGCACUUUGAAGAAUUUUACCUGUUGUUUGUUUUCAGCCCUGGGAAGGAAAGUUUUAUAAGGAAGUACAUUACUGUGAACUCAAAGGACUCAAUCCAUACUUUGUCACAUUUUUAUUGUAAUUUUUGAGUUUUCUUUUUAUGUAAGAAGUGAAGCAAAUACUUAAGAUAUCAAAUAUCAGGAAAAUAAACUGUGAACAUUUUCAAUUUUCACUAGGUUCCUGUGCCCUAGAAUGGGAGGGAGUGGCAAGCAUUAAAAGAAUGGGGAGCUGAAUCAGUUUUUUAUUAGCCCCAGGAUUAAGGUUGUCAUUUCAGCAUUGUUUUCUUGACUUGAGUCUGUACAGCUGGUCCUCUGUUUUCAUUAAAAUAUUCCUAAGAAGCCUCA